AUGCAAUCAGAAAUUCCAACUGUGAAGCUUAAGGGUUCCGGAGACGAAUUGCCAGUCAUUGGAUUCGGUGCUGGGACUAAAUGGAGGAUUGCAAAGGCCAGCGGUGAGACAAAGGACCAGUAUAUCGAAGAGCUAGCACAGCAAGUCGCUAAUGCAAUCAGCGCUGGUUUUAAUCACAUUGAUGCUGCAGAGGCCUACAAAACCCAUCAGGAAGUUGGUGCUGGAAUAAAAAACUCGGAUACCCCCAGAGACAAAAUAUUUUUGACGGACAAAUACACACCGUGGUCCUGGGCCUGGAGAAAAGGUACUGGACCUCUGGAAUCGCUCACUCUGUCGCUGGAAAAAAUGAACCUGAGUUAUGUCGAUCUCUAUCUACUGCAUGUGCCAAACAUCACUCCAGAAUCCGCAGGCAUCGAUCUAAAAGAGGCAUGGCGUCAAAUGGAGGAGAUUCUGGAUCGCAAGAUGGCUAAGAACAUCGGUGUAUCUAACUUUGAUGUCGAGAGUCUGGAGUACAUCCAAAAGGUUGGGAAAUAUCAGCCAGUAGUCAAUCAGAUCGAAUUUAACGCUUAUAUGCAGCAGCAAUCCCCAGGGAUCCUAAAAUAUUGCCGAGAAAACGAUAUUGUCAUCGAAGGCUAUUCGCCUCUAGCUCCUCUUACGAAAGGAAGACCGGGCCCAUUGGAUGAUAUUCUACCGGGAAUCGUUAACAAAUACAAAAAGAGUGAACUGCAGAUCCUCCUCAGGUGGGUUAUACAAAACGGAGUUGUGGCGGUCACUACGUCAGGGAAGCAAGAACGGCUCAUGGAAUCUCUUGACAUCUUUGACUUCCAAUUAUCUGAUGAGGACUUCAAACUUAUUACUGAAACGGGUAAAGGUAAAUUGUUCAGAGGAUUUAUUGGCGAUAGAUACGAUAAGUUUAAUGAUGUUCUCUAUGAAGAUCUAUAA